ACAUUAUUGCAUAUGCAAUAAUGUCCUCCGGAUAGUAUUGCAUAGAGGACAUAAUUGCAUGCGACACCGGUACAAUGUGACACAGUCAUCAAAUACUAUAGCAUCCGAUCGUAAUCUUGGAUUAGUUAACCACUACCAUGCCACAUCAUCUGUUUGGGUUUUACACUAGAUAAUGCAAUAAUGCUAUUAAAGGCGACUGUAGCCAAAUAAUUACGUUGAAAUAAUAUUGACUCUCGGCAUUUUGAAGGGAACAAAAUUACAGACUGCAACCCUCAUUCGUUGGCAGCAUUUGAAUGCAAAUGUGAGAACUCCCAAAGCUAAAGAUGAUUAAUAUUCAUUGUCUGCUAGGUGUGUGAAUGUAUAACUCAUCCGCCAUGAAUUAUGAGUGAAACCUGAUAAAUAGUAUUCAACUUAAGGGGUCUUGUUUACAGGUAUUGCCGACAACACGAGCAUAUACCGUAUAAUAGCCGCACACUGAUGACAUACCAGCAACAAUGCAGCGUGUCACAACCGCAUCCCCCAUUGCUGCUCAUAAAUAAUGCAUAACCGUUGUGUGUGUAGUGUAUUAGAUUCAAACCACACGCGACUGGCACGCGUCGGCCCUAUGAGAUAGCAAAAAAGAGGCGUGUACUGUUUGCCUUCUAAAUUUGUUGCGUAUAUCCCAAUGUUAUGAUUGAUGGAUUUGAAAUGCCUUGGUGGAGUGGAUGUUUCUUCAAAGGUGAAGGAGGAUACAUGAAUAUCUCUGCUGGAGUUCAAGACAGAGGAAUAGCUUCUGUGAUGCACACUGAAGACUGACGAAGUAAAGGAUUUUCAAGAUGUCGUCCUACGAUUUCACGCGAGAGCUGUCGCUCUCAUCUGUGAGGUCAUCGUACAGCUGCGAGAAUUCACGAGUUGUGAGCGGCUCGUCACCACAUCGAGGCUCGGCUUCGUCUCCUUCGUCAGCCUCGCUGUCGAGUGACCAUGAAUCAAGUUUUGUUUACUUUGAUGCUCUGCUUCCGAGCAACGUCCUGUCUCUGCUGAACGAAAUGAGGCUGAGCGGUGAGUGUACAGACACCGUGCUCUGUGUUGGUUCCCGUGAAUUCACCUGUCACCGUGCGUUACUCGCUGCGGUCAGCCCGUACUUCAGAGCAAUGUUUGCCGGCGAUUUACGGGAGAGCUUGGAAAGCCGGAUCUCCCUCCAUGACCUUUGCCCUCGAAUGGUGGGCAUCCUGAUCGAAUUCUCGUACCGGUCUCGCAUUCUCAUCACUGAGGAGAACGCCGAGGAGCUAUUCAUCACCGCAAAUUUCCUUCAGUUCGAGCAGGUCGCCAAGUCAUGCACCGAGUACCUGCAACGGAACAUCACCGCGGGAAACUGCAUGAGUCUCGCGAGGUUCGCCGAGACUUAUCGAUGUCUUCCGUUGCUGAGGGACGCAGAGAAGUUCAUCCUAGAGAACUUUGAGAGCGUCUCAGAAGAAGAAGAGUUCUUAGAUCUUCGGUUUGACCAACUUGUAGCGUACAUUCGCCAUGACCAGCUUGUUGUGCAGUCGGAGAAGGCCGUCUACGAUGCAGUGUUGAGAUGGAUCAAAUCGAACCCGGAAGAGAGAGCUUUCUUCAGAUCACAACUCCUCCGAUCGAUACGUCUUCCUCUCAUCGAAGAGGACAUCUUAAGUGAGAUGCUCUCAUGUCGAGAUGAGGACAGUCUCUCUAAGUCAAGACACUGCAAUGAUGUUCUGAAAGAAGCUAAAUGCUGCCAGUGGUUGAUGAAACGAGGAUACCGCGUGUUGGGCCCGGGUACCUCGCCAAGAAGUCCAGGUCGAAGGUCAGAGGUCAUUAUACUGGUAGGAGGUCACCAGAAGGGUCUGGAUGGAGAGUACAUCUACAGUGAUGAGAUGUUUUGUAUGGAUGCAGGAGAGGCUGUCAAAUCAUCGUAUCCAAGAUGGUAUCCUUUAGCUAAGAUGCCGCAUCACAUGAAAAGAAAGUACAGUGUCACUUCAUUAGGUUCUGAUAUCUAUGUUACCGGUGGUUAUGACACUGUUUGUGACCAAUCAUCUCGUCUAGUUUGGCGUUACUCCUUCUCACGUAACCGAUGGAGACCAGUCACCAGCAUGCUCGAAGCCCGCCAUUCUCACGGGUCGGCGUCAUUAAACAGUCGUCUGUACGUAGUCGGCGGCAAAACGUCUUUCCAAAACACCCGUCUGGACACGGUAGAAUGUUACAACCCAUUCACGGAUGAAUGGAAAACUCUUCCCCCUCUGCCAAUUGCCGUCAGUGUACCAUCCGUUGUCGGCCAUCAUUCAAGACUGUAUGUGAUUGGUGGAGCCACGCAGGACGAGUGCGCAUGCCCGCAUAUCCAGUGCUACGAUCCAAUCACAAACGCUUGGUCGCUGCUCCCGAAUCUUGAAUUCUCCAGAAAAACGCUUCGGGUUACCGUUUCCGAUGACGGAAGAAUGUUCGUCCUGGGCGGGAGAAAACCUCGCGAAGUUUCCGAAGUCUCGGUGGAAACAAGCGAGGAGUGCCAGCACGAGCCGUCCAAUGAGCAGCGGACAUUUCCUGGGAUCACCGUUGCGGGCGACAGAUUGUGGAUUUUUGGCGGGAAAAUUGGGGAGGAGUCCAAAAGUUGUGCCGAAUAUUACGACUUACAAACUAACACGUGGACUACGUUAGUAGGGUUCAUGCCCAAAGCACUGUACAUGCACGGCUGCGUGACGAUAGCUGAUGACGCGUGACACUGAUGACGUUAUUCAGUGCCAUAGAGGGUGCGUUCGUUUAGCUUCCUUGGGUCGACCCCGGUGUGUGGCGAUUUUUUUUUCAGGACGAACGUGU